AUAGGGAUAUCAGCUGACUACAUAUCAGGUGACUGAGGCGGAGGUAAAAACAAAACGCAGGAUGGCAUCGAUUAUUAAAGAGACCGAAAGCAUUAAGCAAGCAAUUACGUUAAUUAACUUGAUUGACACAAGCAAGUUUCCGCGUUUGCUCUCCCGCAUCCUUCAGAAGUUGCAUUUAAAGGCUGAACGCAGCUUUAGUGAACAGGAAGAAGAAAAACUUCAGGCAGCUCUGUCUCUGGAAAAAAAGGAUCUCCAGCUUGUUUUAGAAACAAUUUCCUUCAUCUUAGAGCAGGCUGUUUAUCACAGUGUGAAACCAGCAUUCCUGCAACAACAGCUUGAAAACAUUCAUGUUCAUCGAGACAAGGCAGAAGCAUUUGGUGUUGCUUGGGCCAGUGCAGGCCCUGACACCACUGAUAAAUUCAGACAGCAGAUGUUUGCACCCAAGAAGCUAGAGACAGUUGGAUGGCAACUUAAUCUACUGAUGGGGCAGUCUACCCAAGCUAAAAUGAAGUCACCUCAAGCUGUGCUAGAACUUGGAGUAAGCAGUGAAGAAUGUGAGGUAACUUAUCUUGUGUCACAUGAAACUGGCAUGCAGAGCAUUAUAAUUUAA